GCGGGAUGGAGUUGCUAGGCGCGGAGCGGAUCCGGCUGGCCCGGGCCUCCCGGAGCUCGGAGCCGCGGGAGCGGAGCCGGGGUUAGCGGAGCGGCUGGAAGAUGGCGAGCGGUUGGGACUCGCGGCCGCCCUGGCGGCUGGGACGCCUUCCGCUUCUGCUAUACUUGCUGCUGCUUCUGAAGAGCCCGGCCUGGGCGGCGCACAUCAAGAAGGCAGAGGCGACCACGACAACGAGUGCGGGCGCCGAGGGCCAGUUCGAUCGCUACUAUCACGAAGAAGAGCUGGGCAAGGCACUGAGGGAGGCGGCGGCCGCGGGGCCCCCCGGCCUGGCCCGCCUCUUCAGCAUCGGUCGCUCGGUGGAGGGCCGGCCGCUGUGGGUGCUGCGCCUCACGGCCGGCCUGGGGCCGCUGCUCCCUGACGGCGACGCGGCGGGGCCGGAGGCUGCGGGGCCGCUCAUACCCGGCCGGCCGCAGGUGAAGCUGGUGGGCAACAUGCACGGCGACGAGACCGUGUCGCGCCAGGUGCUGGUCUACCUGGCCCGAGAGCUGGCCUCUGGCUACCGCCGCGGGGACCCGCGCCUCGUCCGCCUGCUCAACACCACCGACGUGUACGUGCUGCCCAGCCUCAACCCCGACGGCUUCGAGCGCUCCCGCGAGGGCGACUGCGGGACCAGCGGCCGCGACAACAGCCGGGGCCGCGACCUCAACCGCAGCUUCCCGGACCAGUUCAGCACUGGCGAGCCCCCCUCCCUGGACGAGGUGCCCGAAGUGCGAGCCCUCAUCGACUGGAUCCGCAGGAACAAGUUUGUGCUUUCUGGAAAUCUGCAUGGUGGCUCUGUGGUAGCAAGCUAUCCUUUUGAUGAUUCUCCACAACAUCAGGCAACUGGAAUCUAUAGCAAAACCUCAGAUGAUGAAGUCUUCAAAUACUUGGCAAAAGCUUAUGCUUCAAAUCACCCUAUAAUGAAAACUGGUGAACCUCAUUGUCCAGGAGAUGAAGAUGAGACUUUCAAAGAUGGGAUCACAAAUGGUGCACAUUGGUAUGAUGUGGAAGGUGGUAUGCAAGAUUACAAUUAUGUAUGGGCCAAUUGUUUUGAGAUCACAUUAGAAUUAUCUUGUUGCAAGUACCCACCUGCUUCUCAGCUUCGACAGGAAUGGGAGAACAAUCGUGAAUCUCUGAUUACAUUGAUUGAAAAGGUCCACAUUGGAAUUAAAGGAUUUGUUAAAGAUUCAGUAACAGGAUCUGGAUUAGAGAAUGCAACCAUUUCGGUGGCUGGUAUUAAUCAUAACAUCACAACAGGCAGAUUUGGUGAUUUCCACAGAUUACUUGUUCCUGGAAGUUAUAAUCUUACAGCACUUUCAACUGGGUAUAUGCCAUUGACUAUUCAUAAUAUAACUGUGAAAGAAGGACCAGCCACAGAAGUGGAUUUUUCCCUUCGGCCAACUGCAACUUCAGUAAUCCCUGACACAACUGAGAUUUUGGCAACUGCUAGCACAGUUAUUCUCCCCAAGAUUCCCCCUGGAACGUUAUCCUCUCACCAGCCAAUUCAGCCGAAAGAUUUUCACCAUCACCAUUUUCCUGACAUGGAAAUCUUUUUGAGAAGAUUUGCCAAUGACUAUCCUAAUAUCACUCGGCUUUACUCAUUGGGAAAAUCAGUAGAAUCAAGAGAACUCUAUGUCAUGGAGAUAUCUGAUAAUCCAGGUGUCCAUGAACCAGGUGAACCAGAAUUUAAGUACAUUGGAAAUAUGCAUGGUAAUGAGGUAGUUGGAAGAGAACUGCUACUGAACCUCAUUGAAUACCUCUGUAAGAACUUUGGAACAGAUCCCGAAGUAACAGAUUUGGUCCGUAACACUAGAAUUCACCUUAUGCCAUCCAUGAAUCCUGAUGGAUAUGAAAAGUCUCAGGAAGGUGAUUCAGUAAGUGAAAUUGGCAGAAACAACAGCAACAACUUUGACCUGAACCGAAAUUUUCCAGACCAGUUUGUUCAGAUCACAGAUCCUACCCAACCAGAAACUAUUGCCGUAAUGAGUUGGAUGAAGGCCUAUCCAUUUGUACUAUCAGCAAACCUGCAUGGAGGUUCUUUGGUGGUUAAUUAUCCUUUUGAUGAUGAUGAGCAAGGACUUGUCUUAUAUAGUAAAUCACCAGAUGACGCCGUGUUCCAACAAGUAGCACUUUCUUAUUCCAAGGAAAAUUCCCAGAUGUUUCAAGGUAGACCUUGCAAGAAUAUGUACCCUAAUGAAUAUUUCCCUCAUGGCAUAACAAAUGGAGCUAAUUGGUAUAAUGUCCCAGGUGGUAUGCAGGACUGGAACUAUUUACAAACAAAUUGCUUUGAAGUAACUAUUGAACUAGGUUGUGUGAAAUAUCCAUUUGAGAAAGAUCUGCCGAAGUUUUGGGAACAGAAUCGAAGAUCUUUAAUCCAGUUUAUAAAACAGGUUCAUCAGGGUGUCAAAGGAUUUGUCCUUGAUGCUACCGAUGGCAGGGGUAUAUUAAAUGCCACCAUUAGUGUUGCUGAAAUUAAUCAUCCAGUGACUACUUAUAAAACUGGAGAUUACUGGCGUCUCUUAGUUCCAGGAACUUAUAAAAUCACAGCAUCUGCUCGAGGGUAUAACCCAGUUACCAAGAAUGUAACUGUCAAGAGUGAAGGUGCUAUUCAGGUCAACUUCACACUUGUUCGAUCAUCAGCGGAUGCAAAUAAUGAAUCUAAAAAAGGAAAGGGGGAUAGCACCAGCACUGAUGAUACCAGUGACCCAACUACUAAGGAGUUUGAAGCUUUAAUUAAAGACCUUUCAGCUGAGAAUGGCUUGGAAGGCAUCAUGUUAAGCUCCUCCUCAAACCUGGCUCUUUAUCGAUACCAUUCAUAUAAAGACCUAUCAGAAUUUUUGAGAGGACUUGUAAUGAACUAUCCACUUAUUACAAAUCUUACCACUUUGGGACAGAGUGCUGAAUAUCGUCACAUUUGGUCCCUUGAAAUCUCCAAUAAGCCCAACAUAUCUGAGCCGGAGGAACCGAAGAUUCGUUUUGUUGCUGGUAUCCAUGGAAAUGCUCCAGUUGGAACUGAACUGCUUUUGGCUCUCGCAGAAUUUCUCUGCCUAAACUACAGAAAGAACCCAGCUGUUACCCAAUUGAUUGACAGGACCAGGAUUGUGAUUGUCCCUUCUCUAAAUCCAGAUGGGAGAGAGCGAGCACAAGAGAAAGACUGUACUUCAAAGAUAGGACAAACAAAUGCCCGUGGCAAAGACCUGGAUACAGAUUUUACAAAUAAUGCCUCCCAGCCUGAGACUAAAGCCAUCAUUGAAAAUUUAAUUCAAAAACAGGACUUCAGUCUUUCUGUUGCUUUAGAUGGUGGUUCUGUGCUGGUCACAUACCCAUAUGACAAGCCAGUGCAGACAGUGGAAAACAAAGAGACUCUGAAGCACUUGGCAUCCCUUUAUGCAAAUAAUCACCCAUCAAUGCACAUGGGUCAGCCCAGUUGCCCAAAUAAGUCAGAUGAGAAUAUUCCAGGAGGAGUAAUGCGCGGAGCAGAAUGGCACAGUCACCUGGGUAGCAUGAAGGACUAUAGCGUCACCUAUGGACAUUGCCCAGAAAUCACUGUGUACACAAGCUGCUGCUACUUUCCUAGUGCAGCACAACUCCCUUCCUUGUGGGCAGAAAAUAAAAAGUCCCUUCUUAGCAUGUUGGUAGAGGUUCACAAAGGAGUUCAUGGAUUUGUUAAAGAUAAGACUGGAAAACCAGUUUCUAAAGCAGUCAUUGUACUCAAUGAAGGAAUAAAAGUACACACAAAAGAGGGAGGUUAUUUCCAUGUGCUGUUAGCCCCAGGUGUCCAUAACAUUAAUGCCAUCGCUGAGGGGUACCAGCAACAACAUUCACAGGUCUUUGUACAUCACGAUGCAGCCAGUCCUGUUGUAAUAGUCUUUGACACAGAUAACCGGAUAUUUGGUUUGCCAAGGGAGCUUGUGGUAACUAUAUCAGGUGCCACCAUGUCAGCAUUAAUCCUAACAGCUUGUAUUAUUUGGUGCAUCUGUUCAAUCAAGUCUAACAGACACAAGGAUGGUUUCCAUCGCCUCAGGCAACAUCACGAUGAAUAUGAAGAUGAAAUACGCCUCAUGUCAACUGGCUCUAAGAAGUCCCUCCUAAGCCAUGAGUUCCAGGAUGAAACAGACACUGAAGAGGAAACAUUAUAUUCUAGCAAACGUUGAAAAAUAUACUUUGCCUAUCUCCCAGCUAAGUACCAAGCAAAAUUACAGCUCCUCUUGGGAGGCACUCCAAUAAGAAGAGACGACUGUUUUUUUUUUUCAGAGCUUUUUGGGGAUAUCUUUGUUAAAUCUGUAUUUUCUGUGAAUUUUGCUGGCAGUUUUGAACUUCCCUUCCUGAAAGUACUCUUACCUUUUUUAAAAAGUCUGAUUUGUAUUUAUGUAGCAGAGAUGGAACAGCCACUUUGUUUUUCUUUUUUCCUUUACAGUGAGCUACUUGGAGCUUAUGUUGGAGCUUAUGUAAUCCCAGCAAAAAGCCAACUGGCAGAGAUUGUAAUUUGCACAUCAGGUGUUUACUAGUUAGUGGCUUUAGAUUUUUUUCUUUACUUUAAAGGCCAAAAGAAUCCAGAAACAUUAAGCGGGACAGCAGUCAUAUUCUGACAUAAAAGCUUUAAAAACUCAAGGUUCUUCUCAACCUACUGAGGAGUACUCUUCUCUAGUUAUUAAAUAGCUGGAGUUUCUCUUAUUCAGGUUUAAUGGAGGUUGAAUGAUUUUUAAACUUAUAUAGCAUUAGGAAAUUAAUAAAUGGGCUUCCGCACUGUUUCCAGGCUAGAUGAUAACUGGUGGGCUGUGCUGUAGCAGGAUUUCACUACCUCUCUUGAAAGACUUAGCAAAAUUAUAAAUAUUCUCAUUUUAAGGGAGAACUUGUUGCCUUUAUUGUGAAAGAUCUAAGUGUCCACUUGAACGGAACUGAGAGGGAGAUCUAGCAAAGCUGAAAUUCAUGUUGCCUAUCUUUUAACUUGGAAAAAAUCCACAGGUGCUGCUGCUUUUAUCUGUGAAGCACUAGGUUAUUCUAGGAAUGCCUAAUUCUUUAAUAUUUCCUAAAUAUGAACCUUUUUCUAUGUUGUACACUUAGGGUUUUCAGAUGACUCGGCCAUCCACGAGAUCUGAAUUCUACUGAAAAUACCUGGAAGUAUGGAAGAGAUCUCCUUGUACAUUCUUAACCUACAUUUAGUAUAGAUACAAAAUAUCUAUACUUUGUGCUCCAGCCAUUUCUUUUGCCCUGUAAUAGCAUGCUAGUAUUGAAAUAUCUUGCCUAGUCUUCUUUACAUUGGCCUCUGCAAAUGAUUGGGUUCUUUGUCCUAAUGUCUUACUUAAAAGUCUUGUUUUUUUUGGACCAACCAAUUUUGUUAAACGUCCAAUUGAAAGCUUUAAAAUAAGGCUCCCUCCAUUUGAAAAAAAAAAAGUGUAAAUUAUGGACUACUGUGUGAUGUAACACUGUGGUGGGAAAGUAUCAUCUUCACUGCCAGUCAUGUAAGACCUCAGAUAGUUGCAUUUGAUUGUGUCCAUCUUAUGCUGUUCAGUGGAAAUGAUGCUUUUUAUAAGUAUGAGUCUUACCAAUGAUCUAAUCGUUUAAUACCUUUGAAUGUUCUAAUGGCCAAAUUGCUGCUGCUGAACUUGUACUAAAUCAGGGGAUCAAAAAACUAGCUCUCAUCUUUUCAAAUUAUAUUCAUUAAUCUAGUAGUUAUUCCAAAGCCUUUAUGUGGAUUUAUUCCACUCACCUAGGUCUUUUAACCAGGUUUUGUGAGUGAUACAUCCAAAGUGGCUCUAUAAAAUAGAGCUUUUUGUUUAGCAGGAAUAAUGAGGUCAUGACAUUUGUUAAUAAACAUCUGUGAUAAGUUUGGGUGGCUCAAGGUUAAGCCAUGCUGGUAUUAAUCCUGGUAUUACAGUAGCAACUCUAAAUUCUGCCUCCUUUUAUCCCAUUGUAUCCAUAGAACAAAGUUUAUGGGAUGGUAAUAUUUAAUGAACUAUUAUUUAAUUUCUUCUAAUAACACUACACUUUCCUUAAAAAUGUGGUGCAUUACUUUUUUUUUCAGCAUUAUUAUUUAGAAUGCAAAGUCGGCCAACAACGGGCCUGCUGGUAGUUGGCCCUGCUUGGACACUGCAACUAGAAAUAAAAUGAAUUUGAUGGGAAAGCCUUUGCUUUAUUGGCAUUGGUCUUCACUAGAGGAUACCUUCACAUUUAUUUCUCUCUUGAACUAAAUAUAUCUUUAAUAUUGUAAUAAACAUCUCAGUGGCUGGAGGCCAUGCCUUUUAAGUAUAUAUAAAAUUUUUAAAGAGAUGGACAUACAGAUAAUUCUUUUAGUAAUUUAUCCUAAAAGGAAAAUCAAAUUCUGUUAUGUCUUAAGUCAAUAAUAAACUUCUAAAUGAUACAUUUAGCUAGAAAACAAGGCCUUUUCAGCCUGUGUUACCUGUGAACAUGAAUGUACAGGAUCCGUGACUAUUGUGUUCUAAGCCCUGCUCAGUCUUUUAUUUGUGGAUCUAAAAUGAUUAGACCACAUUAACAACUGAAGGCACUGAAGCAAUAUGGGAUGGGGGAUACAUUUCUUCAGUAUUUCUCCUAGAGACUUUCCAUCUCCUUGGAGUCAUGGAGGCAAGUAAGUAUCACAGUAUUAAUGUGCCCAAAUCUGAGUUGUGCCUUUCUUUUCUCACAAGGCAUAGUUUUGUCCUGGUGAUCAGUUUGUAAGCCUUUCUCCCCUCCUGGCUCCUUAAUAAAAGCAAAAUGAUGGAGUAGAUAAUGUUCAAAGUGUCUGUCUAUGUAAUUGUACUUGUACUGAUCAUGUAGUUUGGUAAGAUGAGCCCAUGCAAUUUCAGAAAGACAGACUACAGUUCUAAUGUAAAUUUGGUGAAAAUAUGUGGUUAGCAAGUGAGUUUCCAUCCAGUUCAGGUAUGCCUGUAAUUCUGAUUGAAGGGAAUUUACUUUGGAGCUUUGUCAUCUUUCAGAAAGGAAACAUUGUAUUUUGGGUUCAGUGUGAUUGGAUGGUUAAUCUUUGGUAACUUUGAUCUGAAUGAAUCUUGCUGAAUUAGUGAAUAUUAAACUUAAAACUAAUUAUGAGUUGAAAAUAAAAGGUAGUGCUAAUGUCUGAGUUUAUUGUAUUUCUAACACCAGAUUACUCAGUAACCAUGACCAGCUCCUCUGUUGACAUUCUCAGCAUUAAUUUUUAUCUUCUUGUUGCCAGAAAUGCGUUUGUGCCAGGUUUUACCCUGCUAUAUUAAAAGCUUCUUGGCUGUAAACUAUGAUAGUGCUCUAUGUUACGGUUCUGUAGUGGAACAGUUUUAACAGUAGCAUUUCCCCCACGUUUUGCUUUAUUGUCACUACUAAAAUUUCCACUCUAGUUAGUGUUCAGUGAUUUUUCUACCUAGUAACUUUCUGAUAACUCUUUGGGUUUCUGAUUUGUUUUAAUUAAAGCACUACUGGGGGAGGGUUUAGAGUCCUUGAUUAAUCAGCUAAACUUAGGUUUCUAGCUCAUGAGGAAAUCUCCCCCAACACCCAGUUCUAUUUUUUGGCAGUAAUUAAUGAUGCCAAUUUAUUUUCAGAAUAUUAGCCUGGUUGAUUUUGAUUUGACAAACAACAUAAAAUUAGAAAGUAGGUUACCAUUUUUAGACAACUGGAUGAAAAUCAUGUAAAUAUGUAUGAUUAUGAUUUUUAUAAAUGGCAUAACAUGAGUACACUAGCUACAUUCUGUGCUGGCCGUGCUGCACAUUUUCUGGAGAUAUGACAUAUGGUAUUUUUUUAUGCUCUUUUAACCUCUCCAUUUUCUCAGAAUGAUGCCCCCUGGCUCGAGACCUUAUCUAUAGCUAUUUAUAUGACAUGCUCAGUACCAUUCAUUUUAAGUGCUUCAGCCUUUGGUUUAUUUCAUGCACUGUGCCUUCAAAAUAAAAAAUUUAAAAGGGACUUUAAAUGAAGUUGAAUAGUUUUAAAAAGUCAAUCUGUGUAAUUUAUGUGAAACCUAACUGUAAUGAGGUCCUUUCUGUUUUUUAUAUGUAAACAGAUCUACUAAUCCUGUAUAAAAGUUAUUUUAUGA